AACUGCCACCUUCAAGGCACAGAUAUCCCCAUCAACGUUCACGCUCCCAAACACCGCCUCGACGUAUUCACGAACGAGCUACUCAACGACCUAGCCGCGUUGCUUUCCACCCCGACACAGAUGACAAUAGCGUUUGGGCUACAGGUCGUCAUCUACACCGCUCGGCUACGCCUUUUGCCGAUGAUGAAGAUGAAGACCCCCUGA